CAAAGUAGCAUGGUACACUUAAGCAGUGAACUCAAACUCACCAAGAAGAGAAGAAGGAGAAGAAGAAGAGCAAGAAAAAGCUAAGUAUAAAGUUGCAUCUCAAACUCCAACCUGAAAAGAAGCCCUAUUUUUUCUUGAAAAUGGAUGGAUCAUUUCUUGUCUGAGGAAAGCCAGAAACCCUUUCCAUUUCCCCAACCCUUUUAUUUUUCAAAGUAAUUUUGUUUUAGCGAGAUGAUCAGAAGCUAUAGAUCAAGAAAAAGAAACCCAUUUCUCGCAAUACUAGUGUAGCAAGAAAAAAGGAGAAGAAUUGAAGGCCCCAUCAUUUUCUUCUCUCUUCCUUUUCCCCUCUCCUACUUUAUCUCUCUCUCUCUCUCAAACUUUUUAAUUAACUCCUUUUCAUGAUGAGGAGAGAAGAGAUAGGCGUGAUAAAUAGCUCGUCGUCGUCUUCGAGCAGCAGGUGCCAAGACUGCGGGAACCAAGCGAAAAAAGACUGCGAGCAUUCGAGGUGUCGAACCUGCUGCAAGAGCCGCGGCCUCCAGUGCCCUACCCACGUGAAGAGCACGUGGGUUCCCGUGGCGCAGCGCCGCCCCCGCCACAAUGUGAUGCAGCAGCACCACCAGAUUUCCGCCACCGUCGAGCAGCUCUACCACGGCCCUAACCCUAAAAGAUACCGCGAAAAUCGAGCAGCUUUAGGGUUAGAAGAAGGGGAUUUUCCCGGCGAGGUUUGUUUUCCGGCGAUAUUCCGAUGCGUUCGGGUGAGCUCGGUGGACAAUGUGGUGGACUCGUAUGCGUAUCAGACGUCGGUGAACAUCUCAGGGCAUCUAUUUACCGGCUUUUUGUAUGAUCAAGGGCCGUCGGAACUGGAGGGAACCGGAAACUAUGUCACCGGAGGGAGCUCUUCUGCUGCCAUUGGGUUCUUGCAGCAGCCUCAUUUUCUCAAUAGUACUAGUGCUGCAGCUACUGGUACAACCCCCUCUCCAUAUCCUAGCUCUUUCUGCGCAUUUACCUCUACUAGUUCACAGUUCUUCUAAAAAGGCCUAGCCUCAAAAUAUUGCAAAAAAAGAGAGAGGAUGUUUUUAAUUAGCUAUUGAGAAAUGGUGAUCAUGGUGAUGAGAAGUUAGAAAUAAUUGUUUCAUGACUUCUUAUUUCUAUAAAGAUUUAUUUCAUUUAAAA